AUGAUCUUCACCAACCUGUUGGUCCAUCGAGUCAGGAGGUUAGUUGUUAUCAGGGUCAGCUGGUUGGUUGUUAUCAGGGUCAGCAGGUUAGUUAUCAGGGUCAGCAGGUUAGUUGUUAUCAGAGUCAGAAGGUUAGUUAUCAGGGUCAGCAGGUUAGUUGUUAUCAGGGUCAGCAGGUUAGUUGUUAUCAGGGUCAGAAGGUUAGUUAUCAGGGUCAGCAGGUUAGUUGUUAUCAGGGUCAGCAGGUUAGUUGUUAACAGGGUCAGCAGGUUAGUUAUCAGGGUCAGCAGGUUAGUUGUUAACAGGGUCAGCAGGUCAGUUGUUAUCCGGGUCAGCAGGUUAGUUGUUAUCAGGGUCAGCAGGUUAGUUAUCAGGGUCAGCAGGUUAGUUAUCAGGGUCAGCAGGUUAGUUGUUAUCAGGGUCAGCAGGUUAGUUGUUAACAGGGUCAGCAGGUUAGUUGUUAACAGGGUCAGCAGGUUAGUUGUUAACAGGGUCAGCAGGUUAGUUGUUAUCAGGGUCAGCAGGUUAGUUGUUAACAGGGUCAGCAGGUUAGUUGUUAACAGGGUCAGCAGGUCAGUUGUUAACAGGGUCAGCAGGUUAGUUGUUAUCAGGGUCAGCAGGUUAGUUGUUAACAGGGUCAGCAGGUUAGUUGUUAUCAGGGUCAGCAGGUUAGUUGUUAUCAGGGUCAGCAGGUUAGUUGUUAACAGGGUCAGCAGGUUAGUUGUUAACAGGGUCAGCAGGUUAGUUGUUAUCAGGGUCAGCAGGUUAGUUGUUAACAGGGUCAGCAGGUUAGUUGUUAACAGGGUCAGCAGGUUAGUUGUUAACAGGGUCAGCAGGUUAGUUGUUAUCAGGGUCAGCAGGUUAGUUGUUAACAGGGUCAGCAGGUUAGUUGUUAACAGGGUCAGCAGGUUAGUUGUUAACAGGGUCAGCAGGUUAGUUGUUAACAGGGUCAGCAGGUUAGUUGUUAACAGGGUCAGCAGGUUAGUUGUUAACAGGGUCAGCAGGUUAGUUGUUAACAGGGUCAGCAGGUUAGUUGUUAACAGGGUCAGCAGGUUAGUUGUUAACAGGGUCAGCAGGUUAGUUGUUAACAGGGUCAGCAGGUUAGUUGUUAACAGGGUCAGCAGGUUAGUUGUUAACAGGGUCAGCAGGUUAGUUGUUAACAGGGUCAGCAGGUUAGUUGUUAACAGGGUCAGCAGGUUAGUUGUUAACAAGGUAUAACACGUCUGUACAG